AAGCUGCUGGUGGGCGAGGAGAGCGGGCUGAACCCUCCUCGCCCACCAGUUGCGCGCGGGAAACGCAAACAUGCCGACCAGUUGUUGUGCGCUGAAUUGUACUAACCGGAAGGAUAAAGGCAGUAGAAAGAAGUUUUUUAGAAUCCCUGCGGAACCAGGACGAAGGGCUGCAUGGCUUAGAGCCUUAAAAAGGUCAGAUUUUGAGCAGGGAAAGAAAAACCCGACCGCGGCGUGGACACCACGAGGCCACGAGAGAGUGUGCAGCGACCAUUUCAUCUCAGGGAACCCUUCUAAAGACCCUGCAGAUCCAGAUUACGUCCCAAGCUUGUUUAACCUCCCAACCUCAGCAAGUUGCAAUCGUUCAAGAAACCCAGUUGCCAAGAAAGAUCGGUAUAUGCGUGCAGCAAAAAGGCUGCGGGUGUCAUCAGAGAAUGAAGCCCCACCUACAUCACUAAAUGAUGAAGAAAUGAUCGCUGACCCUCCUCCUGAAAGUGUAGAGACUCUGAGAGACCCCCUUCCUGAAAGUGUAGAGACUCUGAGAGAACAGCUCACAAAAGUACAAGAGGAGAAAUGUAAGUUGGAACAGUUUUGCGAGUCCCUUCAAAGUGAAGCUGACAACCUUAGGGAAGAACGUGAUCACCUUCAAGAACAAAUCAAGAAAUCAUCAACAUCAGCCUCCAAUCUCACAGAUGCAAAAUGCAAGCUCUUCACUGGAAUACCUACUGUUGCACUGUUUAUGUUUGUGUUUAGACUUGUUAGUGAUUUCAUUGCUCCUCUAAAGUCCAUGUGUCAGCAGGAUCAAAUACUCAUGACUCUCAUGAAGUUGAGACUAGGCCUCAAAAAUGCUGAUCUAGCUUUGAGAUUUAGUGUUUCUGCCUCCACAGUUUCAAAAGUCAUAAACCGUUGUAUUCCAAUCUUAGCUGUCCGACUAAAGUUCCUGAUUCAUUGGCCGUCCAAGGAAACCGUAAAGCGCAAUCUUCCCAAAAAAUUUCGGAAAAAAAAAUACUCAAACUGUAGAGUCAUCAUUGAUUGCUCAGAGAUUUUCACUGAGAGGCCAUACAAUUUAAAGACCCGAGCAAAGACCUGGAGUAACUACAAACACCAUCAUACGUUCAAAUUUCUGGUAGGUAUUACACCUUAUGGAGCAGUGUCAUUUCUGUCCAGUUCCUGGGGUGGAAGAAUUUCUGAUAAAGACAUUACGCUAAAAAGUCGUUUCUAUAACAAAGUGGAAUAUGGUGAUAUGAUUAUGGCAGAUCGGGGAUUCACCAUUUCUGAGGAACUUGCCCUGAAAGGAGCAACACUAGUUAUGCCACCAUUUACCACAGGAAGGAAACAACUCCCGGGGCGUAUCGUCCAAGAUGCCAGACAGAUAUCAACUCUAAGAAUUCAUGUAGAACGUGCAAUUGAAAGAAUCAAGAACUUCCAAAUUCUCAGCCAAAUCUGUCCAUUAACAUUUGCCCCUCUACUCAGUGACAGUGUUGUUAUCUGUGCGGCUCUUACAAACUUACUUCCAAAGCUAAUCAAGUAAUUUUUAAUGGCAAUGUUGUCUGCACGAGCUGGCCUUUUCUGUAUAUCAAAAUACUGAGAUUGAAGGUAAAAUGUUAAAGGGACACAAAACAAAUUUUUGGGAAGCCCACUACAAUAUAAUAAGUA